AUGGCAGAUAACCAAGAUAACCAGAAUAAAAGAUUGUUGAGUGACUAUGCCGUGUCGAAUGUCAAUGGUGCUCAACCCAGUAUUGUGAGACCUACAGUCAAUGCUAAUAACUUUGAGAUUAAGCCUGGUCUCAUCCAGAUGGUGCAGCAGGAGCAGUUUGGUGGAGGACCUGUAGAGGAUCCACAUGCACACCUUGCCAAUUUCUUGGAGAUUUGUGAUACAAUCAAGAUGAAUGGAUGUAUAGAUGCAGUUGCAGAAGGUACUUUAAUGAGUAAGCCAACAGAAGAGGCAUAUGAGUUGUUAGAAGAAAUGGCCUCCAACAAUUAUCAGUGGUCUAAUGAAAGAGGUAUGCCUAAGAAAGUUCCAGGUAUGUAUGAUGUAGAUGGCAUAAACAUGUUGAAUGCCAAGGUUGAUUCUCUGGCUGGAGGAAUCAUUCCAACUUUUCAUGGAAAGAUCAAGGUAACCAAGGUAGCAGUUCUAGACCUCCCCAUCGUCCUGGUUUCCAACCAAGACCAUCCCAACCAGAAAGAUAAUUUGCUUAGUAAGACAGAGAUCAAUCCGAAGGAGCAUUGUAAGGCAGUCACCUUAAGAAGUGGUAAGCAACUUCGUCAGGUAAGUGGUGAGACUGUAGUUGGUGAUGAAGUAGACUAUGAAGAGGUGAGCAAGAAGGUCGGUGAAGAAGUUGAGGACCUAGUCAGGACAACAUCCCCACUACCACUAGUCGAGCCUUAUAUUCCUUCCAUUCCUUUUUCUCAAAGGCUUAAGCAGAAUAAAAUUGAUCAACAGUUUGAGAAUUUUUUGAAAGUGUUUAGGCAGCUUCACAUUAAUAUUCUUUUUGCAGAUGCUUUAGCACAAAUUUCUGCAUAUACAAAAUUUUUAAAGGAGAUCAUAUUUAAGAAGAGAAAAUUGGAAGAUUUCGAGACCAUUACCUUGAUGGAGAAAUGCAGUGCCAUUAUCCAGAAUAAGCUUCCACCAAAGCUAAGAGAUCCAGAAAGUUUUUCUAUUUCUUGUACUAUAGGUGAUGUUGAUUUUUCUAGAGCUUUGUGUGAUUUAGGUGCUAGUAUUUCACUAAUGCCUUUAUUUGUGUCUAGGAAGCUUGGAUUGAAGGAGUCGAAGCCUACUACCAUCUCUUUGCAGCUAGCUGACUGA